AUGAUUGAAGCAAUAGCUUUACUCGCUAUUUGUAUUGGAGCUAUAGCUGUAGCAAUAAGUGGAUUAACUGCAACGACAAUUAUGUUUGCUCCAGCAGUGUCAUCUCCAAAAGAUAAAUAUCCAUUCAAUGAAGAAGAAUAUCAAGCACGUCUAAGAGCAAAUUAUGAGUCUAUAUAUAUGUACACUGAAUUU